CACGCACUCACCGUAUCUGAUCCACAAGAACGCACCACAAAUUCCAUAAAAGAUCAUAGAUCAUAGAUAUACAUGAGCUGCUAGUCUCUAGUGGUUCUCUAGAUCUCCAUCAGGUCCCGCAAGUCUCACGCGCGACGAACAUCUAACGGUCCAUCAAUCCCGCAAUCAGUAUCGCUCAAAGGACCCCUCUCAAAUCGAUCACAACGACAUCUCUUUCGAUCCAUCCGGGUUGGGAAAGCAGGCUGCCUGGAUCUCCAAGAAUGGUCAGGAGGAUUUGUCUAAUUCAUCUGCUUCUGGGCGUCGUAAUGGCAGCCAUCGGGGUCCAUGCUUAUAUACCAGCCGGACGAUGGGGUCAUACACUCACAUAUAUACCCUCCGCCACAAACCCUCUCCUCGUCCUACAAGGCGGCCGAUCAGACGAGACAGCCGGGUACACAUACUCCUCGGCGCCCUUGAUCCAGGAGACCCUCUUCCUCCCCCUUCGAGACAAUUUCGACCUCGCCUCACCUCCCUGGCAAUUAAGUGACAAGCAGGCAGAGACUGUCGCGUGGCAUACCGCUGGGUACUUAGAGAAUACUGAAGGCAAAGGGGAAGGGUACACGGUCUCCUUCGGGGGAGACGGUGGACCUACAUUACCCGUGCAGACGAACAACGAUUCUCUUCACCUCUACUCUCUUGGAGAGUCUCAGGAUGUUUUCGGUCUAAACGAAGUCGUGGCAGCGUCCUCGGAUCAGCUGAUGAGGAGGUGGUACGCCUCGAGCGGGUCUAUCGACAAGACCACGUGGCUGGUCUCAGGCGGGUUGAAGGGCGACGGAUCUGGUUUGGGAUUCCGGGACGUCUACCAGGUCACUCUCGAUAGCGGAAGUAGUGACGGUGCUGUGAUAUUCGAGCCUCAAGAGUCAUUGCCUAUCGACUUGGCCGGGCAUGCGACGUUGGUCACGCAAGAUGGGACGGUCUGGCUCUUCGGCGGAUAUAUACCUUCCACGGGGCAAUUCUUACCACUUGAUAAGGCCUACUCUCGAGCGUCAGGUACGACAGGGUGGACGGUGGUCGAUCUCAAAACAUCCCCAUCUUCGUCAUCAUCGGCAGGCCCGCCAUCAAGGCGCGGAUUCUCGCUCGUCCUCGUCUCUUCAACAAAAGCCAUCCUUUACGGCGGAUCUACCUCGGUCUCACCUUCGUCUGCGGAUAGCUCGUCAGUCUUGUCGGACUUGUGGGAACUCGAUCUGGAGCUCGGUCAAUGGACGCUCUUAGCUCCCGCAGGUCAACCGUCCAGCGCAGGUGCGAGGAAAAGGGCGGCUUCGGACGGACCAGGGGAGAGGUUCGAACAUGCUGCUGUGGGGGUGGAUGGGAAGAUGUUGGUGUUCGGCGGUACGUCACCUUCUCUCGUGCAGAUUGUGGUAUUGUAGCUGAUUUUGAUCGCUCCACACUUUGUGCCGGACGGGAUACUGAUGUUCCAGGUCGGACGAGCUCGGAGAUGGCUGAUCCGGGUCUAUACGUAUACGACGUCGCUUCAAAUUCCUGGGCUUCAGAAUUCCCUGGAGUUUCGGGUUCUGCGGCAGAUGACGUUCGUGGGAUCGGAUCGAGUCAUGGGUCUAGCGAAGAUGGCGACGAUAACACGUCAGGCUCGGGGAACGGGUCGUCGAGCGGGUCGUCCAUGAGCGAGGUUGUCGUGACAAAGACCGAUGCUGCGGGCGGAGUGGUCCUCUCGACCCGAACUGUGGUCGUUGGCGCACAGACAACUCGGGUCGUUAUUGUCACUUCGACUUCAAUGGAUGUGGUGGUUA